UUUCCGUCGAAACCAGUCGGCGUGUCACUCAACACCAAUGGAGGCACAAUUCACUCUUAGCAUAGUAUCCACUUCAUUGCCCGUUUAGGGCAUAAGUAUGGAAAUCAACUUCUCCCUCAUAUGAGAUUUGAUUGAACACUUCAACUUACCCCGUCUUUCAAACACAAUUAGGACAUUUAGAAUACAAGGUUUCUUUUAAUGGCCAGUCAUGGAUGACGAUGACAGCCCAGAUGAGCUGAUAAAUCGCAGGAACAACAGCAAAAAAACUGUUGCACCGUGGGACAUUUCAGAUGACUCGGAUGACGUUGACGGGUCUGACGAAGGAGAAUCUGACAGUGGUGAUGAAGAGGAAGAAGAAAAUGAUGGGGAAGGUGGAGGGGAAUGCAAUGAAGAGGAAGAUGGUACUCUGGCUUCCUCCCACCUCCUAAGACAUGCACCUGGGGAUAGGUUGAUUGGCAACACUGAAUUGGCCCUAGUGUAUGAGGACGAGGAAGAAGAUGCUGACAUUGACGAUGGCGUUUUCGGCGAAACCUCAGCAGCCAUUGCAGCCAUGAGCUCAGACGAGGACGCUGAUAAAUGUCCCAUCUGCUUGAACUCCUUCAGCAGCCAGCCGGUGGCAACACCAGAGAACUGUCAGCACUACUUCUGUCUCGACUGCAUCCUCGCGUGGGCCAAGAAUGCAAACUCCUGCCCCGUGGACCGUAUUGCGUUUAAUAGCAUAUACCUGAGGAAAUGUUAUGGAGGAAAAGUGCAGAAAAUGAUUACAGUACAAAAACCUGAGAAGGAAGAUGAGGAGGUAAUAGUGGAUUUGGACUUGGAUCAGACCAACUGUGAGGUGUGUCAGGGCAGUGAUCGAGAGGACCGUCUUCUGCUCUGUGAUGGCUGCGACGCUGGCUACCACAUGGAAUGUCUCACACCACCUCUGGACACUGUUCCUGUUGAGGAAUGGUUCUGUCCUGAAUGUGUUGCCAACAACAAUAAUUCGGAACAAGAAAAUGGAACCCAUAGCCUCGCUUCCACUGCCCAUCCAACCACCAGUCGCACCCAGCCCCGAGCUGCCGGUCCUACAAGAGCAAUCGCCCGCACUCGGCACAGUGAACGUGUUCGGGCCAACGUGAAUCGGCAUCGUAUCACACAGGCACGCACACCACAGCUUGCUCCCAGGGACCUAAUACAGUCUACUUGGCUGGAUGAUACUAUCAAUGCAGUGGUGGCGGGGUUGAACACAGCUGUAUAUGUAAGGGACCUCACCCCUCGUGCUCCACCCAGGCGCAAGCGCAAGACUGGAACACGCAGAAAGAAGGCAUCCUCUGCUAAGGGGAAAAAAGGUAAUUCACGAGUUAAGCGGAGACGUAAAGUUAGGAGGAGGACUAAAUCCAGAAAAACUCUGGUGGGGAAAAAGGUAGCCACCGCCCAUAGCCGCAUUGCCAGCAGUCUCGGUCUGUCGAAGGACAAGAAGAACUGUUCACUUCCUACAGUAUGUCGGCCGUCAGAGCACACGCUAAGCAGCAUGCGAGCUGACAUCGGAGCUGCAUCGCUUUCGAUCCACGGGGAUCCUUUUGACCUGGACCCCUUUGUAGAUUUAGAUGAAAAUGAGCACCAAGAAAGUGUCACGUCAUUGUUGGAGGCCAAGAGACGAGGGAUCUCUCAUUCUGCUUUUCGCUCUCACCAGCCUGUUGCCCGACCUGUGGGUGCAAGCCUUUCAAGACGCGGUGUGGACGUUACCCAAACUGGCGGUGUUGUGGAGGCAGCGCCAGUGCCUGACCUGUUGGGCAGCAUCCUGUCUGGGCAAAGCUUGCUCUUGAUGGACAGCUCUAAUGUUGUCAUCAAUCGUGAUGGUUCUCUGAAAGCCUCUGAAUCAACAAGGAUGUCUGCUCUGAAAACAGGUUUAAGAAGGAGCAGUAGCGCAGAAGAAUCCAUUGCUCAGGCUGACAUUACACCCUUCCUUGAAGAACCUUUGUCCAAUCACCACAGCAGUGAUCCACUUGGACCAUUCUACCAGAGUUCUUCUCGAGGACCCUCAUCUGUCAACCAUACAGAGCCUUCUCAACAUCGUGAUUUGCCCCCUAGAGGUCAUUUGCAUAUUCAGCAGCCACGUACAAACAGACCUUCUCCCUCUUUUGGUGUUCAGAGAGUCGGUGAGGGCUCCAGGGAAGCUGCAUCCUCAUCCAGGCACCCUAACCAAGACUCCAAGAACAAAACACUUCUCCCACAAUCCCAACCUACAAAAGCUCCUACAAAGCCCAUGUGGGUUGAUGUGUCCAUCCUACCAAGGAUACCAAAAAUCAAGCGGGAAAGCAGCGAUGUAGCAAAGCAUCACAGUAGUAAUAUUGAACACAACGAUAAAUCUCCCACCAGGAAUAAUACUUCUGGCAUGCCUGAGACUGCUUUGAUUAGCUUUGCAGGGGACGAGAACAGGAAGCAUCAUGUUGUCCCACAGCAAAGCAGCACUGGUUCUCAGGCGCAAAGACAAGGAACUUCGCAAGCCUUCUCCAAUUCAUUCUCUUUUUCCUCCUCCACUGGAUCCCAAUUGUGUAAUUCAUCAGUAUCCUCCCCAUCUUCAUCAUCAGUAAGCUUCCGCAUCAACUCCAGCGGGAAUUCGUGGCAUUCAAGACGACUCAGCCUCCCAUCAUCAUCCACAAGUGGAAGCAGCGUUAAGAAUGACAUGAGAAAAAAGAGUGAUGAGACAAGAAAAAGACAGCUUCACAGAGAUAAAGAGAAGCUGUUGGCAUCACGCACAGCUGCAAGUAACAAUGAGGAGUCAAAUGAUAUUUAUGACCCCUUUAAUCCCACUGCGUCAGACUCAAGCAGCUCGGACAAUGAAGGUGAGCGCUUGGGCAGCAGCUUCCACCAAUUAAACACACUUCCCAGCUCAGUGUUCAAUCGAGAUGUAGCGCAAAGUAAGCAGAAGUUGGUUGGAGUUAAAAUCCAAACACAGGAAAAUGUAAUCUCACAGGAAAAAACAAGGAUUGCUAAUUUACAGACUUUACCAGAAGUGGCUAGCAGCUUUUCAGAAGUUGUUAAAGUAGAAAAAAACAAUGUGUUGGUCGAUUCAAAAACUGACAAUCGAGCAGCAUUGAGUGACAUCAUGGUAAAGAUAGAGCAAGGGCUUGUGAAUUUAGGUGAAGACGCAAUUUCUGGACACGGUGUGAGAAAUGAUUCCAGUUCGGAGACACCAGACAUUUCUGUGCCUGUUCAUCACAGCCUGGACAAUAUCAAGACAGAGGAGGAAGGUGGACAGAAGGCUGUUAGUCCAAACCCUGACAAAAAGACAGAUUAUUCAGGCUCGGGCUUACAUUCUGUCAAAAGGAAACCAAAGGAGGAAAUUAAAUCUGAUUCCAGGUGUUCACAAAGAGAUUUGGCCAGUGAAGAGAACCCCUCCACCCCAGUUCCAUCUAAACAGCAGUCCUUUAGUUCAAGCACUGCAGAGUCAGACGGAGGCAAGACUAAAGACCAUCAUGAAUCCAGCAAGGGUGACAGGCAGAAGAAAAUGGACAGAGACAGGGCUUCGAGGCGGUCAAGGUCCCAAGAGAGGAGGACGCGUUCUUUAUCAGAAAGUGCGUCGUCCAGUUCUCCUGAGAGGAUUCACAGAAAGAGAAAACAGAAGUCCAGGUCUGGUUCCAGCUCCAGCAGCAGAGAGCGCUCAAGAAGAAAGAAACUUAAACAAAGGAGCGACAAAAGAACGGACAAUAGCGAGAGUGGCCGAGAGAGAAGAAGAGUGUCGAAAGACAACAGACGUGGUCGAUCUAGAUCGAGAUCACGGUCCAGAGGUAGAUCGAAGGACCGGAGACGUUGGCGCUCACGCUCCAGAUCCCUGUCAACAUCACGAUCCAACUCCAGAUCCAAGGAAAGGAGGAAAGAGCACACACAACCGCAACAUCGUAAGUUGGAGUUUCGAUCGAAAGACAAUCGGAGACCCAGAUCAAGAUCAAACUCAAGAGAGAGAAGGAAAGCAGAGGAUUUGUCCAAAAUAAACACCUCGAAAUUCCGAAGGGACAUGAAAAAGGAGAGCAAUGAUUUUCACGCUUCUGUAAAAGAGGAUAAGAUUGCACAUGUCAAAAAAGAUGUGUUGGAUUCUACCAUUGCAGCAAUGAAGAGUGACAGGGCAGACAGUACAUCCUCAUUUACAGAAGUCAAGACAGAAAUAAAAAAAAAAGGGCAGCAAUCCAUCGAUAUGUUUGAACAUUCUUCCAUCACUAAACACAUCAAGAAAGAAGAUACAACUUUGAACAUCUGUAACCAAAGCCUCAAAAAAGAGCCUGUUGACAUAGAGUUAUGUCAAACGAUUAAGACAGAAAGUGUCAAAAGAGAGCCUGUUGAUGUAAAGUUGUGUCAAACGCUUAAGACAGAAAGUAUCAAAAAUAAGCCUGUUGACAUGAAGUUAUGCCAAACGAUUAAGACAGAAAGCGUCAAAAGAGAGCUUGUUGAUAUAAAGUUAUGUCAAACGGUUAAGACAGAAAGUAUCAAAAAUAAGCCUGUUGACAUGAAGUUAUGCCAAACGAUUGAGACAGAAAGCGUCAAGAAAGAGCCUGUUGACAUAAAGUUAUGCCAAACGAAUAAGACAGAAAGUAUUAAAAAAAAGCCUGUUGACAUUAAGUUAUGCCAAACCGUAAAAACAGAAGACAUUUGUGAAUCUACUAAAAUAAAAGUGGAGCCGACGUCGUUCGAAUUGCCUGUCACCUCACAUCACACAGCAGGCUCUCACCAGGAUUCACCGAACCACUCUCAUCUCGAUGUUAAGGCAAACACAGUUGGAUUUAAAGUCCCCAUCAAGCAGGCCCCUGAACCGGAUGAGGACGUCACCAUGGAUGUUGAUCAUCACAACCUGGACGGUGUGAAGCCCGAGCACACCAAAGACAUUGGUCCCAUUGUCAAACAGGAAGACAACAGACAAGAAGGGAGGAUUGAGGCAGAGCAGGUGCCGCCUCCAUUAGGAGCCAAAGCUAAGAUUCAAGGGAAGAGGGUGACCUGGAAUAUUCAAGAACCUGAUGGAUCACAACCAGACAAGUCUGCAAGCAAGCUUGCACGGUAUAAAUUAAAGCUGAAGCAGGAAGCGGCUCGGAGACCCUCGUCCACUAAACAGACCACCACUCAGGACACAAGUGAACCUGGCUCGGUCAGUGAUUCUUCCAAGAGCGAAGGUGCCUCUGGGGAGUAUUUGAAGAAGCUUCACAUGCAGGAGAGAGCCGUUGAAGAGGUGAAACUCGCAAUCAAACCUUUCUAUCAGAAGAGGGAUAUCAACAAGGAAGAAUACAAAGAGAUUCUACGCAAAGCUGUGCAGAAGGUGUGCCACAGCAAGAGCAGGGAAAUUAACCCGGUGAAGGUGGGCAUUCUGGUCAAGGCGUAUGUGGACAAGUACAAACAGGCGAGGAAACUCAAGAAAUCAGAGGCUGAGCCAAUGAAAACUGAUGAUUGACGACGCAUCAACACUCAUUUUUUUACUGGACUGAAGUUUGCAGUAAGAUUUAUUUUCUUCAUCACACAGGUUUCUAUUUUUCUUUUCAGGACAUUGACUUGUGCUCAACUGGAUUGUUAAGAUUGUGUUAGAAGACAUUUCACCUCUUUUUUGAGCAUGCUUCAUCAGAUCAUGCUCACAGACUUAAAUAGGACAGCUCUAGUCUGUGAGCCUGGUGAAGCAUCCAAAUUAUCUGUCCUCUACAAAAGGGGAUAUUCUUGUGGAAAGUAAAUUUUCUGAAUACAAGAAGCGCCAUGCUUGGAGAGGAUAAUUACUGUACUUUGGAUCCGGCACCAGGUGAGCGUACGAGGAUGAAGCAGGCUAAAAUGAGAGAUGAAUUGUCUUCUAAGACAAACUGAAUAGUCCAGUUGUGAUCGAUGUACUGCCCUGAGAGAACAAUGACAUGUAUCAAUGGGAAUAUUCACACGUAUCUGUUUCUGUCUUUUACUGGGAUUCAAGUCUUUUUGCACUUCACAACAUAAUGGUGUUUUUUUUUUAAGGAUUAGGUGUCUGAUUCUCUGCACUGCGAAUAUGUCACAGGUAGAGUUAAAGCAGCUAAUUAAAUUAUGAAAAGUCUUUAUUAUGCUACAUUUGAAAAAAUCAAAUCAGUUCAACAUAGAUUGUAGAUCAUUUAGAUUUAAUUACAUGAAUAUUUCUCUCUGCAAAUGCUGCCUGCGGUAUGACUUGAAUUUAGUAAAGUUAUGAUUGUUUUGUAACAAAUGAAUCUGUGUAAUCAGUUUUCUUCCGUCACUAAUUUGUAACCAUCCACAUCUAACACAAUGCUGGUAGACUUCAGUCAUGAGCUUUCAAAUAAAUUAUUGAGUCAUUUUUCACAAAAGCAUCUUUCAUUUGG